AUGGCCGCCAACAUGCCGCCGAGGGCCCAGGCCGGGCAAAUGAUGCAGCCUAGCGCGAUGCAAGUCACUCAAGCCGUUUUAUCUAGGCUGAACUCUCAGCCUACGCCAGCGACUGGCUGGCAGGCUACACACAUACAGUUGGCGGAACGCGUCCAAAAGGCGUCAGCUUUGGCUACCAACCUUAAGUUGGCUGGGCAAGUCGAGAGCUGGCAAGAGGCGGUGAAUCAUGCGAUUGAAUUCGAACGACGGGUCUUUAUGCAGUCCCCGGAUAAGCCGAUGUACGAGAAUCUGAUCAAUCAGCGAUUUCAACAACUUGUAGAACAGCGGCAGGCUCGUGCUCCUCUCCUCCAACAACAAAUGCAAGCCAACGCGAUGAGGCAGGCUCAGAUGGCCCAGCAACAGCAUCAACUUCAACAGCAGCAGCAGCAGCAGCAGCAGCAGCAACAGCAACGUCAACACCAACAGCAGCAGCAGCACCAACAACAGCAACAACAACAACAAAUGAUGAUGAGCCAGAUGGCUAUGCAAAGGGGAAUGGCGCAGCCAGGCUUUCAUCCCCAGCAGCACCCAGCUCAAGUUACCACAAUGCCGCAUUCCCAACCGUUGCCCAUUGGUGUCCCUAACCCUCAAAUGAUGCACGCUCGGUUAGGUCAGAUUGUCAUGCAAAUGAUUCAAGCUCUUCCUACCGCGUUGGUUGAGCUACACGACGUUCAACGCUUAACCGAACGGGAUAGGCCAAUUAUCAAGCAGCUCGCUUUGAAAAGACUCGCUACCAUUCCUGAGCCCCUAAGAGACUCAAUGCGGGAAAGGGUCAUGUCACAACUGGCUCCACAGCACGCGCAACAGAUUCGAACAUUGGGAUUGGACCCGUUGAUGAUCUUCUACGAGCAUCAAAGCUUAAUGCUGUCUCAUGGUGUUACCGAUGGGCAGCUCCUCCCGCCCAACCUAGAGGCGAUCCGAAACGAGCAGCAAAUGGGCAUGCGUGCCCAGGAAGCCGGCCAAGUUGUCGUUCCGGCAAGUUCAGGUCCCGGGGCCCCCGGACGCAAUGACACCCCGGGCCCCAUGAUCAACCAUAUGCACCCGGCGGGUGCUCAGCAAGGACCAAAUCAAACGCCGCGGCCACCGCCUGGAUUCCACCCCCAACAGGUCUCGAUGGAAACGAUGAACCCCGCACAGGCACAGGUACCGAUAAGGGGACAAGGACCGAACCGACAUCCUCAAGGGCAGCCUGUAGGGCUUGGAGCACUUCCCCCAGCCUCACAGAGUCCGGCGAUCAACAAUAUGGCGGUACCAAUGCAACCGUCCCCCGCCCCCAUGGCCCCCGGGGUGAGAACAACGCUGAACCCGUCGUUUAACCACCACGCGAACCCGAGGCCGCCAUCAAUGCAGGGUAACAUCAACGCCAGCAAUCCUGCAAUGGCCGCGAUGCUGGGUAAUCUGAACCCGAACAGUGGUAGUAUGCCUGGAGGCUUGCCUGAAAGCCAGAUCAAGGACAUGAUGGCCAGGUGGGAACAGCAGAGGACCUCUACGGGCACCCCUCAACAAUUACCCAAGCAUCCUCAAGUGUCCGGGAUGCCAGCUCAAUCUCAACUGAUGAACCCCAACCAACCGGUGAACAUUGGAAACGCUCAGCAGACCGCCGGUGUGAUGCCGCCUGGUAUGCAGCCAGGUCCUGGUCAACCACAGCUAAACGGUCCGCAGAACGCACAAACUGCGACGAUGUUCAACAACAACCCUCGCGCUUUACAGGUGGUCGACAGUUGGGAUAUUCCCGCAAACGCGAUCAAUAUGUUGCGAGCAAUCCUACAGCCCUUGGUCUUGCCUCCAAAUGUGAAAAAAUGGAUUCAUCUGAAGGCUUGGCAGCAGACCGCAGGCCUACCUCCUCAUGUUCAGGACAAGGUCACCCAGGUGCUGAGUAGUCACCAAAACCAGCAGUUUCAUCACAUAAUGCAACAAAGGCGAGCACAGGCUGCUGCCGCGGGCGGAGCUCCGCAGAACCCUAGCGGGUCCGGCCCUUCACAGCAACCUAACGGAAUGCCGCUCAUACCCCCAAAGACAAACGUUCCUCCUCAAGUGCUUCAGAUCUCCCCGCAGGAACUGGAGGCGGCCCGCCAGAGGUUUCCAGGCGUACCGGAUCAGGCGCUUCAAGGUCUGAUACGGAAAAGCAAGUAUGAGAAUUUUGCGAGGAAGCUGCAGGCAAUGAACAAUGGUGCGGGUGGGGUAAACCAGAAGCCGAUGGUGCAAAUUCCCCCCGCAGGGUCUAAUCAACCAAAUACGGUCUCUGCUGGACCAGCGGCGCAAACACACGCUCAGUAUGCCACGCAAGCCGGUAUGCAGAAGCCAACGGACGGUGGUGAUUCAACUUCUGCGACUCCCACGUUGUCUGCUUCGAGGAUUGGCCAGCAACCUCGAUCUGCCCCGCCAAACCCGCCAAACCCAUCACCGGUCGCGGCCCAAAAGAAUCUCAAACGCUCACAUCCAGGUGAUGUGACCGAUGUACCGCGCCAAAAUGGCGUCCCCAUGCAGCAAACUCUGUCGCAAGCGAAGCAACGUAAUGCCGCCCGUCCACAGGUCAGUGACCGAUUCAAGAAUCUAUGGACAGAUGCGACAAAACAGUUGCAAAAGGAAAUCGAACAGAGCCCAUUGCAGCCGGUCCCCUUGCCAACGGAUGAGUGGCAAUCUGCGGUGCUCAAAAUGCGCGAAAUCAACGCAAGGAUGAAUGAGAUACCCUCUAUUCCGGGGGCCUUUGAUCGAAUGGCAAACGAUGAAAGCUUGGUCAGAAAGUUUGCCCGUGUGAACCAGAAAAUCAAAAUGCAGCAAGAAAAGGGGCAAAGCUCGUAUCGUAACCCCUUGACUAUUACGCUCCAUGAGAUUGAUCAGACCAAGCUGUUCAUGGAUAGUCUUGUCAACCAAUUGAAGGCAGGAGCUUCUCAGCCCGCAGCUCAGUCUACGAAACAAGUAGCAGGCCAGCCUCAGCCUCAUCAACGUGCUGGUCCACCUACGCUGCCUAACGCUGCUCCUUCGGACAAGCAAGCACAGGUGCCCAAACAGGCACCGAGUCGGGCCCCUAACAAGACUACGCAACCUCCGGCUGCACCGACCACGACACAGCCACCGUUCGCACUCGGACAUGGCCCUGUGAUGUCCCCCGCCGGCAAUCCUGUCUAUCUCAACAAACCCGCCAUUGGACCGACAGAGCUGCAGUGGCCUCCUCGGAAGAAGGCCAAAACCGGUGGGCCUCAAACAACAUCCCCAGCGGCUCAGCCAACUGCCGGUGCCUCUCCCCAGAUCCAGGCACCUUCGCCGGAAACGAAGCGACAACAGGUCCCGGAACCGACGAAGCCGCAGCAGGAGCUUUACCUCUGCCCUGACGCUGGCUGUGAAGGAAAUGUGAUUGGCUUCGUCACCGCGGAAUCGCGUGAUUCUCAUUACCAAGAAGAGCACGUGAAACCAAAUGAGGACCCUUUCAAGUUCUUGCAGGAGAACAUGGCUCUGGGUCUAGGCUUGGAUGCGCACGGCAACACCAACUCGAUCUCGACUAUGGCGGAGAACGUUCCUUCAGGCGCGUCCGGUAGGGCUUUGAAUAGUCCCAAGCAAGCUCAGACGCCCAUGAACAAACAGGAAUCGGCAGCGACCCCCAUGUCUCGUGACGCCUCGAUGAGGAGGCAGGGCAGCAGACUAGGGGCUAGGGGGCCUGAGGCUGCAGGCACGCCAGGAAGCGGCAACGGGGCUCCUGCGCAAACGACAAUGGGUGAUGAUGCGUGGGCAACAAGUGGAAUCAAUCCUCAGCAUCUUUCCAACUUGUUUGCACCGUUUGACCCGGCGCAAACGUCUGAAUUUAGCAUGUCGUUGUCGGAGACACCAAACGACACGCCAGAGUCGAGUAAGAUUUCUGAGCCAAGCAGCGAUAUAUCGGACGGCGUGGGUCUUGAUAUCAACAUGGACUGGGCCACCAUGGACCCGGAGUUCAUGGAAAACAUGAACAGUGUCAGCCUUGACGGCUACGAACCACCUGCCUUUGAUAGGGAGAUGAUGUUUAACGACGCGUAUGCCAACGUGACGUUUGAUGACUCGGCCACGGAUUUUUCCAAGCCUUUCAAGCUUGACCCGUCACUUUACAUGCUGAAUACAAACUGA